AUGGUCGGCGUUGAUGACGUGCAUGCAUAUUUUUUUCCUCUGCUUUACCUUAUAAAGGACAGUCAGCGGUUGUCCCAAAGUGAGGAUGAAUUGUGCGAUAUCAAAGAAGUCACUGGUCAGUAUCCGGCUGUGGUCAGCUUUGACCUUCGUGACCUCAAUCAUAAAUAUUUACUCACAAUAGCAUGGCUUAUCAGGAAAGCUUAUGAGAGAGGACUGAUUAUAACACUGAGCUGGCACCAACACAAUCCGGUGUCAGGUACUUCCGCUUAUAUAAGAGAUCACUCAGGGGAGAGUAUUCAGCACAUCAUCGCGAGAAUUCUCGAGAAUGGCGACCUUAAUGCCGUAUACAAGAAAAAACUUGACACAGUCGCAGACUGGCUCCGAAAUGUAACAGACUCUAACGGGCGGCAAAUUCCAAUACUAUUCCGACCCUAUCAUGAAAUGAAUGGUGGCUGGUUUUGGUGGGGGACAAACCAUGCUACCAGCAACAAAGCAGCCGACUUCAAGCACCUUUUUCAGUAUACAGUUCGGUAUUUACGUGACUCGAAACAAAUUCACAACCUCCUGUACGCAUUUUCUCCAUCUAAACCAAGCAGUCUCCAAGAUUAUUAUCAUUUCUAUCCUGGAGAUGGUUAUGUUGAUCUCGUUGGCAUGGAUUACUAUUACACACGACCAUUUAGUCCGAAUACCGACAACUUUUUGACGUCUGUUCAUGUUGUAACGGAAGUAGCCACUGCGCAUGACAAGCUGGCAGCCAUAACGGAAGUAGGAAUACAAAACAACGGAAUAGAGAAACACCAUAACUUUUGGAUGGAUCAUGUUUUGAGUCCAUUAAAAAGCGGAAACGGGACGACAAAGGUUGCUUACAUGCUCACCUGGACAAAUAAUUGCCUGAAUGGUUAUACAAUAUUUGUGCCGUAUCAUAGACAUGCGGCAGCGAGUAAGUUUAUGAAGUUUCAAAAUGAUUCUGUCAUGGUUUUCGGUCCCGUCAUGCACAAUACUAACCAAAUAAUUGUUGGGUAACGAUAUGUAAUACCACAAAAAUAACCCAAAUGAACUUCGAUAACUCUAACUCAAUUAUUUCACAUUCAUCCAAAAUUUUGGUCUUUUUCUAGGAUGUUGAAUCUCAUAUUAUUUGGAAGUCUUUUUAAUGGACGAAAUUUAAAUUUAAUUUAAUUACAUUCUCUUUAGGUUCCAAACAAACAUGUUUUCAAACAUAGGCCAAUUAAUUAAAUUUAAACCUGUAUGCACAAUGAAUAAGAAGUGCAAAAUUGAAAUAAAAAAGAAUUUUGUUAACCAAGCUUGCUUUAAGCAGAUUAAUGUGAAAUAAACUUCUUUUCAGCUUUCAGAAUACUGUUUCAUUACAUUCUACAUUAACAAUAUCCUUGCGCUAUUAUAUGGUAAUUUACUACUAAUUUAAGCAAAUAUAUGACGUUUUUACAUUGAAUACCGUGUUCUAUUGCUUUCUUCCACCGACAAAAUCUUAGCAACAAAUAGGUGUAUCGCUCACAGGAACAUUUUCUAUAAAGACCUACGAAGUGUCAAGCCAUGGUUGAUAAAUGUCUAUGAACGCACCGAAGUCAAACUGUAGUAUGAGAAAAUUGCGAAAAUUUAAGAGCCCAUCCAUAAAUGUAAC